GUGAAUACACAAUCCCGUCUUUGGCUCAUCGAUUUAUAGCAGAGAUGGUGGAUUUCUUUAUUCUUUUCUUUAUCAAGGCAUCAAUAGUUUUGAGUAUUAUGCACUUAAGUGGAAUAAAGGAUAUCUCAAAGUUUGCUAUGCACUACAUUAUAGAAGAAAUAGAUGAUGAAACUUCCAUGGAAGACUUGCAAAAGAUGAUGAUAGUGGCCCUUAUCUAUAGAUUGCUGGUCUGCAUCUAUGAGAUUAUUUGUAUUUGGGGAGCUGGUGGUGCAACUCCUGGGAAAUUUCUGCUAGGCCUUCGAGUUGUGACAUGUGAUACAUCAGUACUUAUUGCACCAAGUCGUGUGUUGGUGAUACCAUCGUCUAAUGUGAGCAUAACAACGUCUACAAUACGAGCUUUGAUCAAGAAUUUUUCUAUUGCUUCCUUCUUUCCAGCAUUCAUUACUCUGUUAUUCUUUCAACACAACAGAACAGCUUAUGAUAUUGUAGCAGGGACUAUCGUAGUAAAAAGACAUGGUCUCAGAUGAUACUCAAGGAUACCUUUAUUCCACUGUCCAAAUAUACUGAAGCCACUUUGCUGGAUUUCUGAAUCUCGCUCAAGAACAGUGCCAAUAUCUUUGUUGAGUUACAACGUGAGUGCAAUAAGUCUUGGGGACCGGUGCUGAAUGAAUUUGAAUGGCAACUCAAGAGCAGAUAUUUGAACAGAGCCAGAACACUCAAAAUCUUCAAAAGUCAUUGGCAGUUUCAAAGGAAUAGUAUUUCUCUUAUGAGAGGAAUACUAAUUCUGUAUCAAAAGAUAAUUUAUUUUUUAUGAAAACAAAACCAUUGUCAUUAUUGGAGGAACCAAAGCAAUUAGAGUGUUUUUGAGAGAAAUUUACUACCGAGAAUUGUAUGCUGUUCUUUUGGUGGAUUUGUGUUUGCUACUCAUAUAGAAGCCUUAUCAUUAAUUGCUCACACAACCAUUGUAUUUUAAAUACUGAAGAUGUUUCUGUACAUGUGUUAAAUGUCUUGCAUGAUGUGAGUAUUUGAACAAAAUACAAAUUCAACAUAUCAGAUAUUAUGAAGACAAGUAAAACUAGUAUUAAUUAAUAGGUAAAAUACUAGGAGCUUUGGCAGUCCUGCUGUAGACAGCCAAGACAAAUUUAAUUUAACCCUUGCUUUGGGUGGUUUAUAAAUUGUUUUCCCAUCUUUUCCAUAAACCUACUUUUGAAUUUUCUAUAAAAGCAUAGAAAAUUUAAAUCUGUAUUUUAUUGUGUAAAACACUUAUUUCAGAUAUAUUUAACAACAGCCAAACUAAUUUUUGAAUAAAACCAGAGAAAAUUUAUGCAUAACCUUUUGCACCAUUUUAUAAGAAAAUGAGGUUUCUUAUUUUAAAAUAAAUCACACUAUUGCUAAAGCAAUACAAAGAGUGUAAAAAUGUAAAUUAGUACUCUUAUUUUAUCUGCCUGUGUGCCUGGAUCACUUAAAUUAUACUUACUAAAUAAAGCCUAUUUAUUUUGCAUGAUUUAUUUUUAUAUAUUUAUGUGAAAUAGCCAUGUUCUCAGUUUUUUUACAUCUGACACAUUGAUUUAAUAGGGAUAUUCUUUGUUAGUUUUCUGUUCAUUUAGGAUUGAGUAAAGUUAUAGGGGAGAAAAGACUACUAAGUAGUUCUUGACUUAGAACCAUUUAUGAUGGUUGCAGUGUCCUGGGGUCAUGUGAGUACCUUUUACGACAUUCUGAUAAGCAGAAUCAAUGGGGAAGCCGGAUCCAUUUAACAGGGAAGUAUGUGACUGAGCUUUCACUCCUAUCCCUUUGGUGGCCCUAUUUCAGUUCCUGGAAUUAGUGGAAAUGUGAUUUAAAAUGGCCCUGUGUAGCUUCAUCUAAAGCAGGGAUAUCCAACCUUUUAGCUUUCCUGGGCUGUAUGGAGUGAAAAAAGAAUUGUCUUGGGACACACAUAAAAUGUAUAAUAUAAUUAAUGUAUAUAAGUGACAUAAUGUUAAAAUUUUAGUAUCUUGUGGGGCUGCAUUACUAGUUGUUCAAGGCUACAUGCAACCCAUGCAGAUCAUGGGUUGGACACUACCGAUCUAGCAGCUAGAACAGUUGAGAUGGCACCAUGGUUAGAGUAAAUCAGCUUAAAACAAAUUGGAUGCAACUGUAUCUAAGGAACUACGUUACUCCCAAUGAAUCAUAAUUUAAGGCAUAGAAUGGUCUAAGCUCCCUAUUACACUAAGAGGGUUAGACUAUGAUGCAGUUGCAUCAUAUCUUAAUAUGUUACUCAGACUAUAUCCCAGAGAAAUAAACAGGUGAAAGAAAAUACUAAAUCCCUGUCCUAGUGAAUGAAAGAAAGCAUCAGGUUAGGAUUUAGCUUGCCUUUUUUGCUUCCACUGUCUCUGCCAUCUGUUGUUGUUAUUUAAAAGGUGUAGUUUGUGCCUUGCUACCCAGUGCCACAUUUCUACAAAUUUAGACCCUUUUAGUAGGUGUUUUAUGGAUUACUUACUAUGUCAUUCCAAGCAUAAUCACUGUAGAGAAAA